AUCUGUAUCGUCGCUCGUCACUGUGGAGGCGCGUAUGUUUCGAAAGGUACGGUUUAUUCCUAAACGCUUUCCCACAAAUGAGACAUUUGUGGGAACGUUCCGAGAUGUGUUUCGUCAUAUGAACCCGCAGUUGCCUUUCAAGGAAGAAAGCUUUCUUGCAUAUAUCGCACCUGUAAUGUUUUUCUCCUGUAUGAUGCGCUUUAGGACUCGCUUUCAAUUCAGUUGUGUUGCUAAAACGGUAGAAAAAGAUUGAGGAUCGUUGGAUGAUUAAGACUUAUCUUCUUUACUAAACGAGUUUCUGGAAGUGUGUUGAAUUAGGCAAAACAUUGACUUCGAAAACCUUCGAAACUAAGUUACCUUGGACUAGAAGUGGCACUUUUACCAUCUACUGCUGCAACCGUCUCCGUUCUACCGGUUUUGUCGUGAGUGCUGUCGAUUGCAGGUUCACCUUCCACUGCACAUGUCUGUGAUAGAUCAGACUUUAUAACAUUCAACAAAGAAUCGAGUGUCGAGAACUCUUCCACCUUUAUCGCGCCAGAUUCUUUCUCCAUUUUUGUUGAAACAGAUUCUACCAUUUCCGUUCGCACAAUAGCACACUAACAAAGAAUAAUCAAAACUCUAGCCAGAAAGCAAGAAUUUUAUAGACUAUCCUAAAAACCAAAAGUUAUUUUUCAAUUCGUACGCCAGUCUUUUAGUGUAUUUCUUCUUCUUCUUGAUUCUCGUUUGAGCCGUCUUUUGACAGCUCUGUGUGUAAAGGGCUGGUUGCUGUGACUAUAUGCCCUGUGUAUGGUUUAACGUCCGUAUGGACACCGUGUGCUCACCAAUAACGUGUUUAUUUUGUAUCUAUGUAAUGUGCAUGUGCGUUACCCCUGGUUUACAGCGGGCAUCGCCUGCCAGUAACUGUAACGAUCUAAGACAAGACGUGACAGCUGGUCACCGUUACAUUCAACCAAUUUGAAUUGGCUGCUGAUUGGCUGAAUCCGAUAACGCAAUCGUCACGUAGAAAAUACAACGAGGUUACUUUUCACUGUAAAGUAGUGAUGUUGGAGAGUCAUAAUUUAGCUAUUAUGAUUGUUCAUAAAUAAUGAUGCAAAAGUAUGCAAGGUACAUGAUAUUACCGAGUAAUGUAUUUCACUAUUAUAACUGUUCGCAUCACCGGGCAUCAACCGUAGACGGUAAAAUUGGCGAGUACCGUUUCGCACGAAACGAAAACAAAACAACGCAAAUGAAAAAUAUGCCAACACGCUCAUCUGUCAUGGAUAGAUCGACAGCGGAAACUGACUAGCAGGAGAAGAGGAAAAAGAAAAACAUAAACAAAGUUUCGCUAUAUCAAGCUAACGUGAUUUAAUCAACUGUUUAAUUAUAAACUUUCGGGAUUAUAAUAAGUGUUAGGAGUGAGGAGGUGAAAAUCUUGGUGAACCUAGUUGGUCUCGACACCUGUAAGCAAAAAAUUAAAAUAAAGCUAGUAGUGGAAAUAUAUCAUUUAUACAAAUAAAAACUUACCAGUUUCGUAGCACACUUUAACCGAAGAACCGGAUCGGACCGUAGUGAAAAAUAGAAUAAAUAUCCUUUGAUUGAGGACCUGUUGAAACACUGCGAUUGACCAUCCAGAGUAGUACCGUAACGUCACGUAGACUGGUACGGUGAUUGAUUGUGAGUAUCUGUAGAGAGAAGAAAGUAACAAGUAAAAUUAUUAAUAAAUGCAUUAAAUGAUAGGAAAAAUAAGCGGGAAAGGAGUAUACCGUAGAAAGAGUUCAGGAAGGAAGUAUCGUAAGGAAGGAGGAGACUAUUUGAGUAAGUAAUGAUCAUGUAAAUCGUAAACAAAAUUGUAAUUCAAAUGCAUAUUCUAGUUUUUGAGCCACUCCAAAAGUGCAGCUUUGAAAAAUUUAGUCAUCCGAACAUUCUCAAAAAUCAAAUAACGAGAUUUCGGAGGCCUCAACCACGAUGAGUAGCAAAUCCCUGGACUUGACUGCUACCCCCUGCGAACAAUGUGGACAAAUUUCGACGGAGAAUGAGGCUAUGAUUGCCUGUGAUAACUGCGACCGCUGGUAUCACACGCGCUGCGUGGGUGUAAAUACGGUGCCGAAAAAGGACAAGAAGUGGUUCUGUCCGGAUGCGUCGUGCCAAGCAGUUUGUCAGGAAAAGCUGAAGAAGACCCGUGAGAAAAAAAAUGCCACUCCCAUUCCUCCAACCGUCGCCGAGAAGCUGAAAGCUAUGGAAGCGGAAAGGAAACGUAAGGAGGAGGAAAUGGAAGCCGAAUGGUUGAUCAAGCAGAAGGAGUUGGAAAUCAACAACGCACUGAAGGAGAAGCAAAUGCACCUAGAGCGAAUGUUACGCGAAAAGCAGCUGGAAGCCGCCAGGGACUUGCGCGAAGUGGAAAUGGAGGAAAAACGUACGCUAUUCGAAGCGGAAUUGCGGGAAAAACGAAUGCACUUCGAGCAAAUGAAGGCGAUGGAAGACGAGCAUCGCGAGAAAAUCUCCGAGCUGGAAAGGCGUAUGGAGAAGAUAGAAGUACAGGAAAAGUCGAAGAUUAAAAAUCAGAAACCCAGAGGCCAAGACGACCAAGCAACUACCUCGAAGCAAUCUCCGGAGGGAAUAAAGCCUGGCAAGCCUACGAAGGAAAAUCUCGAUCGCCUCGAGAAUAUCAACAGUGGUGUCGAGAGUGAUGAAGACGAUUACAGCUCCGAUGAUUCCGAUGACGACGACGAGGAAAAAACCGUCGACUUGGAAGGCGAUAGGAAAAGCCAGAUCAGCUCUCAAAACGGGCAGGGGCACCAGCGUGCCGGGCCGAGUAAAGCCCAGUUGAGCGCCAGGAACGGGCUCACUAGAAAACUUCCCACCUUUACCGGAAAACCGGAAGAGUGGCCUUUGUUUUUCGGGGCCUACCAAGCGUCAAACGAAGCUUGUGGCUAUUCGGAUGUAGAGAACUUGGUGAGACUCCAGGAAAGCUUAAAGGGUGCUGCACUCGAGUCGGUUCGUGGACAACUACUGCUCCCUAAAUCGGUUCCAAGGGUAAUCGCGAAGCUGCGACAGCUUUAUGGCCGCCCUGAGCAACUGCUUCAAAACCAUCUCGAGAAGGUUCGUAAGUUGGAUUCGCCGAAAACCGACCGGUUGGCCAGUUUUAUCCCCUUCGGAAAUGCAGUAGAGCAGCUCUGCGAGCAUUUGGAGGCUGCUGAGCUCACACUGCACCUUGUGAAUCCAAUCCUGAUUCAGGAUUUGGUCAAUAAGCUCCCGGACGGAGAAAAGCGACAGUGGUUGCACUACAAACGGAAGAAGAAGGAGGUGACGCUGCGAACGUUCACGGAUUUCAUCUCCAAGAUUGUGUCCGAUGCAUGCGAGGUGAACGUCAACUACGAUUACAAGCCGGACACCAAAGCUGCAGUUGGUACGAGUGCAAGAUCCAAGCCGAAGGAGAAAGCUGCUCUAUACAGCCACAGCGAGGCGAACGAGUCCCACGGGCGGAACGAUCGGAAGAGGCAGAAGCCGUGUAAAGCGUGCAAACGAGACGACCAUCGGCUAAGGUUCUGCCAGGACUUUAAAAAUAUGCCCUUUGCGGAUCGAAUGAAGAUCGUGAGCAAAUGGAAACUGUGCAAGGUCUGUUUGAAUGAACACAGUGGGCAAUGUCGUUUCAAGAUUCGGUGCGACGUCGAUGAUUGCGGAGACCCGCACAAUCCACUGAUUCAUCCGGCCACAACGGCAGUUGCCAUGCACGCACACAUCAAACCCAGCGGUACCAUGAUGUUCCGAAUGAUCCCAGUUAUGAUUCACUGCGGAGAAAGAUCACUGGCUGUGCUUGCGUUCCUAGACGAAUGA